AUGCUUUCUAAAAAAGGCAAAAAUUACUACCGCUCUUCAGCAUAUGGGGGUUGCGAAGGUCCUGAUGCUACCUACGUCAAGCUGGUCAGCAGUGACGGCCACCAGUUCUUCAUUAAAAAGGAGCUUGCUCUUACUUCCGGUACCAUCAAAGCAAUGCUGAGCGGACCCGGACAGUAUUCCGAAAAUGAAAGCAAUGAAGUGAAUUUCCGUGAGAUACCAUCACACGUUCUUCAAAAGGUCUGCCAGUAUUUUGCGUAUAAGGUUCGCUAUACGAGUUCGGCAACUGAGAUCCCGGAAUUCAACAUUACUCCCGAAGUCGCGCUCGAACUGCUUAUGGCUGCCAAUUUUCUCGACUGUUGA